AAACACAACAGCGAAGCUAGCUGGCUAUUACUUUGUACUGAAUCUGUGACCGCAACGAAUUAACGUUAGUUACUGAACAAAGAAUCUGGGAAAUUGUUUCGUUGAAGAGCAUCUGGGAAAUUGUUUCGUUGAAGAGCAGGUUGAAGAUAAAUUGAAAAUGGCAAGAGCUAUUCUGAACAUCUGAUGAUGCUGUGUUAUUAUGGUCACUCUCGUGACGUUAGCUUGUGGCUCUGUUUUGACAAGUAGAUAGCUACUGUAGAUUGCUAUCAACCACAUUACUCGCUAUCAACAAGGAUCGAUAACUAUCUAGCUAAACCUCCAAUAUAACAUUAGACGUGGAAACGUCUAAUUUGUGGCUUCUCUUUUAUAAUUCACCUGCUGCUAACUUCCAGCUAACUGUUGAUAGCUAGUCAACGAACUAGCUAGCUAUUUAGUAACAAUAAUAGUGAAUAGUUAGCUAGCUAAAUAGCGUUUUAAAUAACAUUAGCGUCAGAUCAGCUACCAUUGCUACAUUGAUUGAUCUGUUCUGACGCACAUUUCCUCUGGACAUUGGGAUUCGAAAGCUAGAAGAACAGUAUUUAAAGAGCAUGUCUACCUCCAACUUCAAAAACAAAUGUGUCACUCAAGUGAAUUGUAUAUACUGUGAGAGUCUACUCUGCACAAGAGGAAUGAAGGCAGUGCUUCUCGCAGACACAGAAAUUGAGCUGUUCUCUACUGACAUACCGCCCAACAGAAGUGUUGACUUUGUGGCCAGCUGCUACUCUACAGAGAGCUGCAAAUGCAAACUGAGAGACAUCGCCUGUCUGAAAUGUGGUAAUUUUGUGGGGUAUCACGUGGUAGCCCCAUGUAAGCCCUGCCUGCUGUCCUGUAACAAUGGCCAUUUCUGGAUGUUUAACAGUGAUGCUGUGUCCACCCUUAACAGAUUGGAUGCUACAGGUUUGAACCUAUUGCUGUGGGGAGACCUUCCCGAGCUGGAGGACAGCGAGAACGAGGGAUCAGACACCCCAUCGGAGGAGGAGUGCAUCAGGUAGAGAGAGAUGGAUGACCGAUGGAAG